AUGACAGAGAAGAAGCAAAAGACCAACCUUACAAACCUCUUAGAUGAAGUUGAGAAGGCCCACAAAGCUCAAAUUCAGCUUUACACCUCUGGCCAUCUAAACCAUAACAAGCUGUUCAAGCCUCAAGAACGGGUAAAACGUAAUUACUGGGAAAGUGCUAAAAAAUCUGCUUUAAACCUCAGAAAAAGAGCCCAGUUCACAGCACCCAGUGAAGCAUCCAGAAAGUCAAAGAAUACUUUGAGUGACAAUGGCACGCCAACUCCCACCCGGGCCAAAUCUGCUUCUCAUUCAUGUCGUCAACCUCGGGCAUCCAAGGCCAGUUCUACAGCUCCAAUCAGUGCUUCACUCAGUGCUGAGGCUUUCAAAGUACAAAGCAAGGAAGCUCCUGAGGAGACAGAGGAUGGGGUUGGCAUCUUUCAAAAGCAACAUAUAAGGGAAGAGCUAGAAGUUCCAGAGAUGAAGAUGCUGAAAUACAGGCCUUUCAAGAACAGCCGGCUUUGUGCCAUGAAAGAGAUUAAAGAUGAAUACCAAUUCCUUCCUUCCUACUUGGCUGGCGUGACCAAAACAGACCAAUUUCACAAGUUCAUGCAAUUUCAGAAAGAUUUUAUUGCCAAGCAGGAUUUGCUGGAGAACGACUAUAUUGGGAGCAAGUCAGCAGAACAGCAUGAAAGGAAAUUGGCUCAGGCACUCCGGAAUAUCUGCGACUGCAACCGUCCACAUUUUUACCGGUUGCAAGCUGUUGGUGAUGUGUUUGAAGAUAUCUGCAACAGCUCUUUGAUAUUUGGUGAUAUACUGAAGGAAGUGAAAAAUGAGUAUGAGCUCUACAUAGUGAUCAUCCUGGAUUCUCUACCUACAAUGCAAUAUAGAUCCUUGCAAAAUGAAGUAAAGGGCAUGGAGAACAGGACAGUGAUGACACAUGAAAUAGCAGAGAACAGGCAUGACAUUCAGGCUCUGGUGCAAAAAUCCAAAUUGGCCUUAGCAAGGAAUGAAGAACUCAGACAUGAGUUAGAAAUUGAGCUGUGGGUGAGCCAGUCUGACUCAAAAAUGGCAGAAAAAGACCAUGAGCGGGCGGGAAAAUCAGAGACUCCUCCUCUUUCCAGUGUUGAGCAGCUUACAUCCCUGAGGUGUCAAAUUAUCAUGAAAUGGGAGGAGAUUAAAGCAAUGGAAAAAGAAAUUAAAGAUACCAUGACCUUUGCUGGCAUUGUAAAUAUCAGAGAGAAAACGGUUAAAGAAUUAGAGGGUGAAGCAUCAAAACUCCAGGCAUCUAACAAGUUUCUAAAAAAACAAAUAAGGGACGUUGAACACAAUAUCACAACUGCAUUAAUGAGGCAGAAGCUUAGUGCAGACUGCCAGGGGUGUUUGUGGGGGUUUGUGAAGGACUUCCUGACACUUGAUGGGAAAGAAGACCCUUUUGAACACCUAGAAGGAUCAUUUUCUUCUCUUUUAAACCUUUAAUCUUUGCAUUUUUAAGAAGGGAACACCACUGUGGAAAAUGAAUGAUGUGAGAUCUUAGAGAUUCUGUAUUGUAUGCUAUUUGAACCACCCUAGAAAGAUGUCUCAAUUUUUUAACAUACAUGACAAGGUAUCAUGACUCUAUAGAAUAUUUCUGUUAUUGUAGA